GCCACACACAUACAGAGAGUUACAGACGACAAAGCAAAAACCUCAAAUAGCGAAAAGCCACUGCCCGCUAGUACUACUACUCCUACAAGUAAGUACUACAGUGCUCCUUCCAUUUUUUACUUCAACAACGACCGAGGUUGUCUUUCUUCUUCUUCUCCUUCCUCUUCAACAGUAAAAAUUCCGGGAAAAAUAAUAAAAGAGAAAACAAAAAACAAAACCUCCACUUACUACAUGUUACAAAGGCAAAAAUCUUUUACCUUUUUCUCCAAUAAAACGACACCAUUUCUGUUUUGUUUCUUUGCUUUCUUUCUGCUGUGAAUAAUAACCCAUAGAGGGGGGAGAGGAAGAAAAAAAAAGAAAGAUGUUUCAGCGGUUGGGGACGAUUGCUUUUCAAGUUUGGAUCGGCAAUACGGUGCCGUAAAGGGAGAGAUCUCUGGGUGGUGAAUUUUUUUUGGGUUUUGUGGAUGAGACAGAUCGUUUGGUGUGGAGCUCUGAUCUCGAAAGGUUUAUGCUUUUCUUGUGUUUGGGGGCUGUCUCAUAAAUAGACAAGAUACAAGGAGGAGGAUAACGAUGUAUCCUUCCUGGAUAUCGCUGUCCCUUGUGGGUUUUUCUCUAUCUCUGCAUUUCUCAAACAACAACCAUUAAAAACCCGGAUAAAAAACUUUGUUGUUCUCUUUAGCAGUUCAAAUCCUGGUUAAGGACGAGAGACUAGCUGGGUUUAUUUUACUUUUAUGUUGGCUGUUUGAUUUUUAGCAACUGAUCUCCGCCAGCUGUGUAUGUGUCUGUUUGUUUAUGCCCUUGGUUUUCUUUUCUUUCUAUAAGCUGCAAGAAAGUGUUGCUACUUUGGUGGAUUUAGAGCUGCACAAAGUUGGUUCAAGGUAUGAUAACUUAAGUUCAACAAGGUACCUGUGUUAGAAGAAAGAGCCACUUGGAGGGGUUUUGUCUGGAAUCUUGUCGGGACUUAGAAAUUUAGGAGCUUGAAGGGAAAAGAGCCCUUCUUUGGGUGAUAGUUGGGUUGCAAAUAUAUAUUUUGUGGGUAUCUGUGAAGUUGAAUUUUGACGAUGGCAAUGUCCUGCAAGGAUGGUAAGAAUCCUAUUAACAUGGACAAUGGCAAGUAUGUCCGUUACACGCCUGAGCAGGUCGAAGCCCUGGAAAGGCUCUACCAUGAUUGCCCCAAACCCAGCUCCAUUCGCCGCCAGCAGCUCAUUAGGGAGUGCCCAAUUCUCUCCAACAUUGAGCCCAAACAAAUCAAAGUUUGGUUCCAAAAUAGAAGGUGCCGAGAGAAGCAAAGGAAAGAGGCGUCGCGCCUUCAAGCGGUGAAUAGGAAGCUGACUGCAAUGAACAAGCUUCUAAUGGAGGAGAAUGAUAGGUUGCAGAAGCAGGUGUCGCAGCUUGUGUAUGAGAAUGGCUACUUUCGCCAGCAUACCCAGAAUACAACGCUUGCUUCCAAAGAUACAAGCUGUGAAUCAGUGGUGACGAGCGGUCAACACCACCUGACACCUCAGCAUCCGCCAAGGGAUGCUAGUCCUGCAGGGCUUUUGUCCAUCGCAGAAGAGACUUUAACAGAGUUUCUUUCAAAGGCCACUGGAACUGCUGUAGAGUGGGUCCAAAUGCCUGGAAUGAAGCCUGGUCCGGAUUCCAUUGGAAUCGUUGCUAUUUCUCAUGGUUGUUCUGGUGUGGGAGCACGAGCCUGCGGCCUGGUGGGUCUUGAACCUACAAGGGUUGCAGAAAUCCUCAAGGAUCGGCCAUCGUGGUUUCGUGAUUGCCGAGCUGUGGAUGUGCUGAAUGUGCUGCCCACUGCUAAUGGGGGAACGAUUGAGCUGCUUUACAUGCAGCUCUAUGCGCCAACAACUUUGGCACCGGGUCGUGACUUCUGGUUGUUGCGUUAUACUUCUGUUUUAGAAGAUGGAAGCCUUGUGGUAUGUGAGAGAUCUCUGAAAAAUACUCAAAAUGGCCCGAGCAUGCCACCAGUGCAGCAUUUUGUGAGAGCAGAAAUGCUACCAAGUGGGUAUCUGGUACGGCCUUGUGAAGGUGGUGGUUCAAUCAUACACAUAGUUGACCACAUGGAUUUGGAGCCUUGGAGUGUGCCUGAAGUGUUACGCCCGCUUUAUGAAUCCUCAACUGUACUUGCUCAAAAGACAACCAUGGCGGCUCUACGCCAACUGAGGCAAAUUGCUCAGGAAGCUUCUCAGUCUAGUGUGACCAACUGGGGCAGACGACCUGCAGCUUUACGAGCGUUGAGCCAGAGGUUGAGCAGGGGUUUUAAUGAGGCUCUCAAUGGAUUUAGUGAUGAGGGGUGGUCAAUGAUUGGAAAUGACGGCAUGGACGAUGUUACUAUCCUAGUGAACUCAUCUCCUGACAAGUUGAUGGGUUUAAAUCUUUCCUUCUCCAAUGGGUUUCCAGCUGUCAGCAGUGCAGUCCUGUGCGCUAAAGCAUCAAUGCUUUUACAGAAUGUCCCUCCCGCAAUCCUUCUCAGGUUCUUGCGGGAGCACAGGUCAGAGUGGGCAGAUAACAAUAUCGAUGCCUAUGCAGCCGCAGCGGUUAAAGUCGGUCCUUGCAGUUUACAAGGGUCUAGAGUUGGAAAUUUUGGUGGUCAAGUUAUACUUCCACUUGCUCACACCGUGGAGCAUGAAGAGUUCCUGGAGGUCAUAAAACUAGAAGGGGUUUGCCAUUCUCCUGAAGAUGCAAUAAUGCCCAGAGAUGUGUUUCUUUUGCAACUCUGCUGUGGAAUGGACGAGAAUGCUGUUGGCACAUGUGCUGAACUUAUAUUUGCUCCCAUUGAUGCUACUUUUGCUGAUGACGCACCUCUUUUGCCUUCUGGUUUUCGCAUCAUUCCCCUUGAUUCUGGGAAGGAAGCCUCCAGUCCAAAUCGUACAUUGGACCUUGCUUCUGCUCUUGAAGUUGGAGCUGGAAACAGAGCAUCCAGUGAUUUUUCUGCUAAUUCUGGCUGCACAAGAUCUGUUAUGACAAUCGCAUUUGAAUUUGCAUUUGAGAGCCACAUGCAAGAGCAUGUAGCAUCAAUGGCUCGGCAAUAUAUCCGCAGCAUUAUAUCUUCAGUUCAGAGGGUGGCUUUAGCACUAUCUCCUUCUCAUCAGGGUUCACAGGCUGGUCUUCGGUCGCCACUGGGUACUCCUGAAGCACAGACACUUGCUCGUUGGAUCUGCCAGAGCUACCGGAACUAUUUGGGUGUGGAGCUACUCAAAUCCAGCAGUGAAGGAAGUGAAUCUAUUCUGAAAACCUUGUGGCAUCAUUCAGAUGCGAUCAUGUGCUGCUCAUUGAAGGCGCUGCCGGUCUUCACUUUUGCUAACCAAGCAGGACUUGACAUGCUCGAGACAACCUUGGUCGCACUGCAAGACAUAACUUUGGAAAAGAUAUUUGAUGAUCAUGGAAGGAAAACUCUCUGCUCAGAAUUCCCACAGAUUAUGCAACAGGGUUUUACUUGUCUACAAGGUGGUAUCUGUUUGUCAAGCAUGGGCAGACCAGUCUCAUAUGAGAGAGCAGUGUCCUGGAAAGUGUUGAAUGAAGAAGAAAAUGCGCAUUGCAUCUGCUUUAUGUUUAUGAACUGGUCUUUUGUUUGAGACUUGAACCAGAAUCUAUUGGAGUGGCCAGUUAAGAGAGAGAACUCUUGAUUGUCUUAUUUUGCUGGCUUGUUCUUUUAUCUAUGACAGGUAAAACCGGAGUACUUAGUUCAUUUGCUGUAUUCUAAACUUCAUUUGUGUGUGGGGUUCAUUAUCCUAGAGAUGAUGGAUGUAUCAAUGAGACGAUAUAGUUGUUGGGGAUCA